AUGUACACUAUUAUAGUGGCUAAAACAACAAAUUCUCCAUCUACAUUACAAUACCUCGCUCCUUAUACAGGUGCAGCUCUGGCUGAAUAUUUUAUGUACCGUGAACGUCACACUUUAAUCAUUUAUGACGAUCCCUCAAAACAAGCACAAGCUUAUCGCCAAAUGUCUCUUCUAUUACGAAGACCACCAGGUCGCGAAGCGUAUCCCAUGGAUAUUUUUUAUUUACAUUAUCGUCUUUUGAAAACAACCGCUAAAUUAAGUUCUCAGUUAGGUGAAGGAAGUAUGACUGCUUUAUCAAUAGUUGAGACCCAAUCAGGAGAUGUUUCAGCUUAUAUUCCUACUAAUCUAAUUUCCAUUACAGAUGGCCAAAUAUUUUUAUCUGCCGAUCUAUUCAAUGCUGGAAUCAGACCAGCUAUUAAUGUGGGUAUUUCCGUUUCCAGAAUUGGAUCGGCGACUCAAAUUAAAGCCAUGAAACAGGUAGCUGGUAAAUUAAAAUUGAAAUUGGCACAAUUUGCAAAAUUAGAAGCUUUUGCACAAUUCGCUUCUGAUUUCAAUAAAGCUACGCAAAAUCAAUUGGCAAGAGGUCAACGAUUGAAUGGGUUGCUUAAACAAUCCCAAUCAGCUCCUCUCACUGUGGAAGAACAGAUAAUAACUAUAUAUACUGGAACGAAUGGUUAUAUUGAUUCAUUAGAAAUUGACCAGGUACGAAAAUUUCUCGUUGAGUUAAGGGCUUAUUUAAAAACGAGUAAACCUAAAUUUAACGAAAUCAUAUCUUCUAUCAAGGGACAAUUUUUUCCUCAAAAUGGUCUUAUAAUUAGGGACAGAGAUAGUAUCACUUUCAGUUUUCAAUGGAAUAAUAACUUAUUCUUUUCAAUUAUACCCUUCAAUUAA